GGAAGGACUUCUAACUUUGCUAUCCAGAUAUUAGAUUUUGUCUUGGAAAAAUUUUGUAUUUGGGAAGAUGAGCAGAGCAGUGAUCUUUUUGCUCCCCUUGACUUUCAUCUUCUUUGCCUUAGCAGACGCUACAAGAAUCCUUCCACUGCCUCACCCUCUCAAAUCCUUCAAGAUCACUGCUACCCAGAACGUGGGGAGCUGCUCUUACACAGUGUCAAUAAGGACAAGCUGUUCUUCAACUUCCUAUACACGAGAUCAAAUUAGUCUUGCAUUUGGCGAUGCCUAUGGAAACCAGGUGUAUGCACCAAGGCUGGAUGAUCCAUACUCAAGGACGUUUGAGAGGUGUUCUACUGAUACAUUUCAAAUAGAAGGUCCCUGCACAUACCAGGUUUGCUAUCUGUACCUCUACAGGAGUGGAUCUGACGGUUGGAAGCCAGAGAGUGUGACUGUGUACGGCUAUUAUACCAAGUCUGUCACAUUUUAUUACAACACCUUUAUUCCUUCUGGGACUUGGUAUGGCUUCAAUCUUUGUAAUGGAGGGGCUUCUGCAUCCGCUUGAACGAUGUAGGAAAUGGGGCUCUAGCUGAUGCUAAAAUCCCUUUUUGGAUCUGCUGUUUUGAUUUCUUGAAACUUAUGCUCUGGCACCUAACCAGGAUUUUUACCCUGGUUUAUGCUAGAUAUGCCUAUAGUCUUCAAAUAUUUUGGAAUAUUACCCUAUAUGUUUUCCAAACUUCAAAACAAAAAUAAGCUGCUCAUAGAGGUUAUUUAUGGUUAUGGUCUACCACAUCUUACGUUCUAUGGCAUAUGACCAUUUAAAAUUAGUACGGUUAAGUAUUCAACUUAAAACCAUUAAU